CAAGAAAAUCGAAUAAAACGUUAAAAAGUGCAUGGCCGACGGACGCUCGUGGGAAACGAACAGAUUUUUUUUCCUUUAACGAACCACAGCUGCAGGCUCUUUUUCGAGAGAAGGAAGAAACGAAAUUAGAAGAUUUUUGACGUUAACAUUUGUGAGCCUCGAAGGAGUUUUGUCCGACCGAAAAAGCUCCGAAAUGGCAAAGCUUCUUCACAGACCAAUUCGAGCAUUUUCGUUUCCGGAAGCGAGCACAAUGGGACUUUUCUUUGCUCUCGCAGUGCCUCUCGAGGCACCAAGAAAUUCGGUCUCGCUCUCCUAUUUCUUCGAGGCUACUUACAAUCUGCCCCAAAAUUCAACAGACUUCGAGCCUCACGUGCAGAGAAGCGAGAGAAAAAGGAGAGGCAUACAGAGAAAAACGAUUUAUCAUUCAAUUCAACGAAAAUUCGAAAGGUCAGGAUUACGAGGGAGAGAGUGCCUUCUGAGGGUGAUUUGCGAGACUUCAGAAUCUCCGCUGCACCACAACGGCGUCCUUGGCGACAUAAUUAGCGUCAUUUUCACCCCGUCGACAUCCCGGUCCGAAAAUUUACCACGUGACAUGCUAGAGGCCGAACUCGUUGGACGCGGUGACAACUGUUCGAAAUAUUAUACCAACUGUCCCGUGGGCCUCUUCGACUUGAUUGGAAUUCUCGUGUAAAAUUGGAAACUCACUCUCGACGCUCGUACUCGUGUGUAUCAAAGCCUCGAAACAAUGCUUUUUCAGUUGUAAAUUCAAAAAAAGUGUUCAAUAAAAUGCGGUUCGAAUGUUGGAAAAAAAUGUCUCUCCGGAGUGCGGUGAACCACGUUAUUUUUCAAAGUACACGAGAAUGUUUGCGUUCAAGUUUUUCAUGAGUAAUAAUCGCGUCGAGGUUCGACAAAAAAUUUUAUUUAAAGAGAGAAAUAUUGU